AUGGUACUUACAGCCUUUCGGUCAGAGGCCUUGAACGGCCUCUGCUCUAAGGACCGAAUUGACCUGAUGGAUUCCAUCGACAGUCUUCGCUCCCAAGGGAUAGACCAUUUUGUUUCCCUCCCACAGAUAAUUGUCUGUGGCGAUCAGUCAUCAGGAAAAAGCUCUGUUCUGGAGGCCGUAUCUGGUGUGUCUUUCCCCGUGAAGAGCAAUCUUUGCACGCGCUUCCCCACCGAGCUUGUCCUGCGCAGGACAUCUCAAGUUGGCGCCCGCGUUUCUAUUGUUCCACACCACUCCAGAAGUGAAUCCGAGAAGGCUACACUUGCCAGCUUCGAAGAAGAGCUGGAGGAUUUCGAAGGCUUCCCGACUCUUAUAGAUACCGCCAAGUCUGUCAUGGGUAUUUCGACACGUGGCAAGACAUUCGCAAAGGAUCUACUCCGCGUAGAAAUAUCUGGGCCCGAUCGUCCGCACCUUACAAUUGUUGAUCUCCCGGGCCUCAUCCACUCUCAGACCAAGCAACAGACAGCGUCCGAUGUGCAGCUCAUCCAGGAGGUAGUGGAAUCUUAUAUGAAGGAGCCUCGAAGCAUCAUCCUCGCUGUUGUUUCGGCCAAGAACGAUUUCGCAAACCAGGUUGUUUUGAAACUAGCACGUUCAGCGGACGCUGAUGGCAAUCGUACCCUUGGCAUCAUCACGAAACCCGACACUCUUCACCCUUUAUCAGAAAGCGAGGCACUCUACGUGUCUCUUGCGAGGAAUCAGCAGGUCGAAUUCCGACUUG